GUAAAAUUCGGAAUGGCGUCUAAAGCUUUUCUGACCUAAUUAAAAAGAGAAAAAAAAAACCAAAUUGGCGACCGAUCCCGAACCCGAGUACCCGCUCUGUAGCCUCAACCGAUUCGGCACGAGCAAAAGCUCAUAUCGAAAGAAACUAGUUCCUACAGAGUUUAGAUCCCGAGGCUCAAAAUCCCGCCUGGAAAGGAAGCAACGCGCAGCCUAGCCAACAUCAUACUUGGCACCUAACUUACCUACCUACCUACCUACCUACCUAGGAGCUCCGUACCUAUUACCUAGCGACUGGAAACAAUCCAAUAUUGGCGGAUAACCCUAUGUAAUCCGGGCGAAACAUCUUCACAUCUAUCCCUUUUAUUAGGUAGUUAAGUACCUACUUACGAAAGAAAGACCGCAAAGAUGUCCGACGUCGAGGCCAAGCCAGAGUUCCAGCAGUGGCACGUCACGUCGCCGUACCUGCACCUGCACUGCGGGCUAGGCGAGGGGCCGUACUACGAGGCGGCGACGCACAGCCUGCGGUUCGUGGACAUCAAGAAGCGGCGGGUGCACGUCGUCAAGGACCUGAGCAACCCUGCGCCGGACCCCGCGUCCGCGUCCGACGUCGAGACCAUCCAGCUCGACACGCCCGUCACCGUCACCGCCGACAUCGACGGCGUCGACCCUAGCGAGCGCUUCCUCAUCGGCGCCAAGUACGGCAUCGCCGUCCUCGACCGCCGCGCCGGCACCUACCAGUACGUCGCCCGCUUCAGCGGAGCCGCCGCCGCCGACAACGAGCGUCUGCGCAGCAAUGACGGCGCCGUCGAUCCUCAUGGCCGUUUUUGGCUCGGGACAAUGACCGAUAUCGGUCUUGACUUGCAGCCCGAAGGCUCCCUCUUCCUCUUCGACGGCGCCCGCCCCGGCGUGUGCAAGCAGCACCCCGUCACGAUCCCCAACUCGGUGAGCUGGUCGCCCGACCGCACAACCCUCUACUUCACCAACUCGACCGAGCGCCAGAUCCUCGCCUUCCCCUACGACCCGCGCACCGGACACGUCGACACCACCACCACCUCCUCCUCCUCGUCGCCAACAGUCCUCUACCACCACCCCGGCCCCGGCGAGCCCGACGGCUGCCGCGUCGACGUCGACGGCUACCUCUGGCAGGCCGUCUACGGCGAGGGCCGCGUCCUCAAGAUCUCCCCCCGCGGACAGGUCGUGGGCGAGAUCAGGCUGCCGACGAGGAACGUCACGUGCACGCAGUUCGUGGGCACGGAGCUGCUCAUCACGACGGCGGCGAUGGAGGAGGGGGAGGGGACGGAGGAGGAGGUGCGGAUGGGGGGCGCCUUGUUCAGGGUCGAUGUUGGGGUUAAGGGGCUCGAGCCGUUUUUGUUCAAGUUGGGGGGCUCGUGAGGGAGGGAGGGUUGGACUGAGUUAUGGUUUCAUGGAUGGUUUUGGUGGGCUGGUGGUGGCUUGUGGCUUGUGGUUGUGGUGGACGAGGGCCCGGGAUGCUUGGAAAUAGAUACCUAUCUACUUCGGUACCUAAGGUAGGCACUAGGUAGGUAUAGGGGAUGGGAAACACUUACCUGGGCACCUAUUGGUAGAUAGGUAGGCAAGAAAGAAGGAUUAGGUAGGGUAGGGUAGGCAGGUAGGCAGGCAGGCAGGUAUUUACGAGGUUUACAUGAGCUAGAGCACUAGAUUAUAUGCCUACUUAGGUACCUACCUACCUAACCUAAAUGGUUAUAGAUGUCAUGAUACGGAGUGUCA